GGCGGCGAAGCGCAACGAACGCCGCCAAAAUUCAAAUUUCGAACGAUUCUUAAAAAAAAAUAUACCUGAAUUCUUCUAUUCUUGUGCCAGUGUUUUUAGUAGGAAGCAACGAUGAAGGUCCUUAUUAUUCUAGCUAUCGCUCUAUGCGCCGUUAAUGCUGCUGAUAUGGAAGAUAAAGACAAGGAGAAGAGACAGACUAAUGAUGAACGCGUACCUACACAUUUCAUUUAUAGGAAUCCCAGAAAACAGGAACAAGUCGCCCCAGUUGAAGAGCCCCAACAAGACGAAGACAAAGCGCCCAUUAGCAGAGCGGACGAGUAUCGACCCGGGCAAGUGUUUUCACUUAACGCUCAGGAACUUCUAGACCUCCAGCCAGAAAGGAAAGCACCUCUUUCAAGUAAUCAAUUACUUCAGCAACUGUACUCGAAUCCGCAACAAGAUGACAAACAAAAUUUGCAACAGUUCUAUUAUCUGGAACCUCAAGCGAGACAAGUUCCCCAACUCCAGCCGUCGCAUGCAGUGAUCGCGCGUCCAAGUUAUUCUUCGAAUGGUGGUGAGGCAUCAGUAGGAGCCGCACUUGCAGUCAGUGAUAAUGGUGCUAACUCAGCGAAUACGUUUAACCAUGAACUACUAGCCUUAUUGGGCCAAGCGCCCAUCAGACCCGAAGAAUCACAUCAGCAAACUUAUUCCCAACAAGUCCAAUCGCAACAAUCAUCCACUGUCGAAAGCAUCGCACCCCAAUAUCAACAGGUCGACAGAUAUAUCCUUAAAUCAAACAAAAAAUCAACGAAACCCCGUUCGAAAGUGGCAAUCGCGCCUCCUCAAGCGUCUGCAGCUCCUCAACAAUAUUUGAUCGAAACUACUAACAUUCAACAGCAGCAACAACAGCAUAAGCAUCUCCAACAACAACAACAACAACAACCUCAGCCUUUACCUCAGUACCGUCCGGCACUCCCCCAGCAACGGAUAGCACAAGUCUUACGUUACGUGUCUACGCCACAGCCACCCACGCAAUUAGUUCAUCAAGGACAACCACAAUCAUUCCAACAGACCCUGUACGAACGGCCUGAGUCUCAGGGUCUCAAGGUGGUCGCUCCACCUAAGCUGCAGUCCCUACAGCAAUCAAGACCCCAGUAUAACUACAGAAUUAUUCCACAGUAUCAACAAGAAGCUACGCCCAAACAAUACAGAAUUGUCGAAGCGCCAAGAACACAGCAAUUAAGACCAGAACAAAGACUGCAAUCCCUAAGCAUCGAAAGACCCGUUUCUUAUUUGAAACGCUACCCUGAACCCGAAAAGUUUCGUUCUGUCAAGAUUUACGACCCAGUCGGUGAAGGUUUGCCCCAGCCUACCCAAGUCUAUAGUGAACAAUAUUUGCUUCGCCCGGUGUAUACACAAAACGAACAGCGUCCCAGGUACGAACAACCGUCUCAAAUAUCCCCUAAAUCGGAACAAGCACGUGUAGCUGAACAAUCAAAACCACUUUCCACUAUUUUCGUAAGUAAAAAUUUGGCGCCGCGAAAAUUAGCCAGACCACAACCAAUGCAUAGUGAACAAAACGUUCAAAUUGAAUCGGAGCAGCCAUUGAGACUUGAGCAGUUUGCAAGCAAUGAGCGUAUUAACAUUGAACAGCACGGGCGAGGCUUGGACGAACGGCGGUCUCAGCUGCCUCCCCCUAAAAACAACAAGGCGUACACUCCUGAAGAAUUUGCUGCGUUAGUUGCCGCUGGAUAUGCAGUAACUCCGAUCCCGGUAAGCUCUUUCAAUCUUGACGUGGCUCAGUCGAGGUCACUGGUGGAAGCUAUAACGCCACAGCCAACGAUAGCGAUGCAACAGAAACGACGGCCUGCCAGCAGACGUCACCAAUACCUGCCUUUAAGAGGAGACGAUGCGCCUUGAAUGAUCAACUGCCCUGUAGUUAGAUUAAGACUUUAGUUCAAUAAAUUACCA